GUUAGUCCUUGUGUGCUAACUAACAAAUAUAGGGCGAAUGUCUGCAGUCCGGACUCCAUUUCCCUUCUGUGACUUGCAAACGGUAUCGCUUUCGCAUAGCAACCGAAUGCUAGGCAUGGCUGUGCCUAAAUGCAUACAACGCAGCCCUGUGUUUGUGCCGAGCGGAGACAUGACUGAGGUGAUGAUCAGCAGCACCCCCAUGGAGGAUAUGAGGCUGAGCCCCAGCAAGGACCGGCUCUCCUUUCAGAUCUUCCCGGACCCCUCCGACUUUGAGCGAUAUUGUAAGCUGAAAGAUCGUCUGCCCUCCAUUGUAGUGGAGCCCACAGAGGGGGAAGUGGAGAGCGGAGAGCUGCGCUGGCCUCCUGAGGAGUUUAUUGUCAGUGAAGAAGAGGAGGAAAAUCAUGGGAAAAGCCAAACCGGACAGCCAACGCAGAACAACCAGCACUAGAGGCCAAUUGACAGAACCACCCCCACCUCCCAAAAAGCCUCCUCACACUCAACCACUCAAACCGACUAUCUAGGGGCACACAAGUAACUGAUGCUCAAUUACCUCCCAUUGACACUAAAGCAUCACUCACCAGCUGUACCAUAUCUAGUCUCAGGAUUUCACCUUUGUUGCUUGAGCACACACAGACACAGAGCCGCACACAAACACGCAUAUAUUUGAAAAUACACAAACGCACAGAGUUUAAACCAACACCAACAUUCCCUGUGUCUCUCCACCAAAUGGAAGAUCAAUAAAACUGUGGCAGCUCAGUGCUCCACACACAGAUCUACUACUUUUCAAGACUCCCAAGAACAUUAAUCAAAUCUGCCGUACACUGACUCCUGAGACUCCCCAUACACAUGUAGACUACGGCUGUGGUACCCAAGUGGACUUCAGUAUAUGGAUUGAAAUGUACAUGACUGUGAUUGCCACUGCCAUUUAUUGAUCUCAUAGCCAGUCUUUGUAAGUAUUUAGUGUAAAUGUUUAGGGUCUGUUUUGGUUAAGUGGAUUGUUAUGACUGACCUGGUGUAGGGGUGUCUUUAAACGUUGGGCAAAGGAUAAGAUAAGAUGGAAAGAGAGGGAACUGUUCUAUAGUUUAUAAUAACAAUUCAUGAUAUGUACAGAUAUGUAAUAAUGCUGGUUGUGCACUGAAGCACUUAUGGUUUGCUUUUUUCCCUUUUUCCUUUUGAUGUAACUUGAUUGGUAUUGGAAAGAGGGAGGAGCAUUGUUGAUCACAGUUCUUUUGAUAUAAUUGAAAUUAAGUGUGACUAAAAUAGACACAGAUUAAAUGAAGGACAUGUACAUAUUUUUGAACUCCGAGCCAAUAAAUGUAUUUGAAUUUUUUUUUAUAACAUUCAUGAGAAUGAAAGUAGUUCUAAAUUAUGUUCACCAAAUCUUGACUGAUCUAGUCUUUGUUUCAUUAUGUCAGCCAUAAUGGGUACAAUACGUUAGCCUGAAUGUUUAAUCACAAACGUACCAAUUUUUUUCCGUACAACAAAUCUUUCUCUUACCAGUCCUGACCAAUAGCUUCCUUUUGUUGUGUAAUAUUGAAAACAGUUACCAGCAUCUGUCAGUUAAAGCCAGUUAGUGGAUCCUGACUCAAUUUGCUACCUAGUUUGUAUACAAUUUAGGAAACCAAUUGUUUUUGCCAUCUGUUUUCUCAGUUCUACAUCACUGGCUGUCCAUGUCUUGUAUGUUGUUAAAGUUCUGAAGUGUUCUGAAGAUGCCCUCCGCAUAUGUAUUGUUCUGAUCCUGUAUAUAAUGAAGCUUUCUAUAUGUAGAUUGUUCCCUCUGUAUUUCUGUAAAUGACAUUAGGGCUCUGUACAAAACCAUUUUCUUCCGCUACUGUCACUUAAGUCCUGUGCUUUUGUUUUUUUGUAAAGCUCAGGGAGAUUAGCUGCCAAAAUGCUUUUUUGUAUUUGAACCAGUGCUUUUCAAUCCUUUCCUCAGGUAACUCUUGAUGUUUCAAAAUGUAGGUGUAUCUUGAAUCCUGCUUAUCUAUUUAAGUGUUUAGUGAUUAGUUGACAAGUUCAAUCAGGUUUGAUAGAUUUCAUAUCUAUCUAUUACUUUGAACGGCUCGGUGUCCCUGAGGAGAGGUUUGAGGAUCACUGAUUAAGACCACUUUACUCUGUGACGAAUGCAGAGGUUGUAAAUAAACAGUUGAAUUUGUUUCCAACUAAA